UUUUUGGGGUAGACGUGGCAGUGACGUCAUUACCGGUAAUGACGCGGAUCGGAACUUUAACUCCUGGUUUGUCUCGUCUGCCGUAAAUAGGGAGGGGUCUCGAGAAAAAUAUGAUUCAGCGGUUUUCACAGGUGUCCGUGAAGGAUUCGCCACCUUGGAGUUAAGUGUAUCCACACUACGGAAGAUUUCUUAUCCAUCUGUUUCCCAGAAGAGAAGAGGACCCGGACGGUUCCGGAAGGUUCUCUGACGGGCUGCUGACCGUUACCGGCAGCAGGAUGACGUGCCGUGAUCGAACCCUGGAGUUCCAGUCGGCCUGUAAAUCGCUUCAAGGUAGACAGAAUGGCAUUCAGCUCAGUAAACCAGCUCAUAGCGCCCUCAGGCAGCGCAGUGACUUUACAGUUAUGGCCAAGAGAAUUGGAAAAGACCUGAACAAUACAUUUGCCAAACUGGAAAAACUCACUAUUUUGGCUAAAAGAAAAUCUCUAUUUGAUGACAAAGCAGUGGAGAUUGAGGAAUUAACAUACAUAAUUAAAAAAGACAUAAACAGCUUAAACACACAGAUAGCAAAGCUGCAGGACUUGGUGAGGUCCCGUGGAGCACCAGGUGGACGGCAUAUCCAAAGCCACUCUAACACGAUAGUGGUGUCUUUACAGUCUAAACUGGCUUCCAUGUCCAAUGACUUCAAAUCUGUUUUGGAGGUCAGAACAGAGAACUUGAAGCAGCAGCGCAGCAGGAGAGAGCAGUUCUCUCAGCCUCCUGUGUCAUCCUCCCCUAUGAUGGCCAACAACUUCAGGAGCCGCAAAAAAGGGGCCCAGGAGCCGCAUGCAGCUCGCGAUCAGCGCAUUGACUACCAGGGCUAUACAACCUCAAAUUUAAAAGAGAGCUCAGUCUUAAUGCAGGAUGAAUCCAGGAGUAUGGGGGAGGUGGCCAUCAGUAUGGACUCCCAGAGCAAUCCUUUACAACUCCAGCUUAUUGAUGAGCAGGACUCAUACAUCCAGAGCCGUGCAGACACCAUGCAGAACAUUGAGAGCACCAUCGUGGAGCUUGGGUCCAUAUUUCAGCAGCUGGCACACAUGGUCAAGGAGCAAGAGGAGACAAUUCAACGGAUUGAUGCUAACGUUGAGGAUACCCAGCUGAACGUGGAGGCAGCUCACACCGUCCUCAAAUACUUCCAGUCAGUUUCCUCCAACCGCUGGCUGAUGAUCAAGAUCUUUCUUGUUCUUGUUGUCUUCUUUAUCGUCUUUGUCGUCUUCUUUGCUUAAUAAAAACGAUAAAAGUCGACGCAAAGUGAAAAGCACAAGAAAGACGACAGCAUAAAGUUGAAGCCGGACUGAGACAAAAUGUCCAGACAAGCUUUUUGUCAGUGAAGUUGGAGGUUUGGAAUCCACAUACGGACAUUGUUUUGUUUUUUUCUUUUUCUUUCCAAACACCAGAAAACCAUCUCAAUUCAACUAUGCAUUUCUCUGUCAGUAGAGAAUGAAGGUGUUGAACUUUGUCCAAAUAAAAAUAAUUUAUCUUAAAUUCCCAUUUUGUAUAUUGCGAGUAGGAAACUGAUCUUUAUUUUACUUCGACCAAUUAUUCAUAAGCAUUUAAUCAGAAUGGGAAGAAUUUUUGGUUUGAUUCUACAAACUGUUUUUGUUUUUCCCCUCUUUCAUGUCGUGCAGUAGUUAUUUUAAAGCCAGACACCAAGCUGGGAUUUUUCAUUGAUUUUAUCUUGAUUUUUAGUGACUGGUAUAACUAUAUCUCUUGCAUAUCAACAUAUUUUCACCCACCACCAUUCAUUUGUUCUGUACGUUUUUACUUUUGUUCAGCUAAUCUCUUAUGCUUUUGAGGAUAAUUUGCCAAAUGAGUACUCUUGCAGAACUGUGACAAUAGACAGCAGCUGUGGUCCAGCUUUUCUCCUGAAGGCAC